CAAACUACCCCUGUCAUUAAUUAAAUAGCCCUUCCCACUUUUUAACCAUUGGAUUGAAGUGUCCAGAUCUAAUGGCUAGGAGGGGCUUAGUCAAGUGACUAAGGACCCCCUUGGUCAUGGGAUCCGCUCUCCAAAGAAAGGAACUGACAAAAACUUCUUCCAACGUAGCUUGUAGUAGCAAGUAAACAAAGAAGAGGUGAAGCUGAAAGCAAUUCCCUCUCCCGGAAAGAAGGUUGUGGCAUCCAACUCCAACUCCAACUCCAACUCUAUUGAGUAUUGACGCUUCUACGGCCCGAUUCCCGCUGCCAAGUUCGUGGACUGGAAACCUUCGUCGACGCCUUAUCCCCUUCAGCAGGAACAAUCCUGUCAUGGUGAUACCAGCUUUGCCACAUGAUCGAAAUCCAAACAAUCAACGUUCUAUUGCUGGGAGUUCUUUUUCUGUCUUUUCUGUUUGUUAGUGGUUUGUCUAUGGUUUGAUUUCCUGUUUCGUUUCUGAGGUUUCCUGCAAUUUUUCGUCAAGUAGUCCUUUACUCUUGUUUUCAAAUCUCUUGUUGCUGUUCUAUCUGUUCCUUUUGCAAUCUCAUGGUAAUACUACUGCUUGCUCUACUUCGGCCCUACCAUAUGUGUGUCCUCUCUGUUAAUUUUUCUCGAUUCGUUUCCUACUAUUAGGGGUGGGCAUCGGUCGAUUCGGUCCAAGACCGGACCAAACUAUUAUAGGACCGGACCAAAAUUUCUUCUAAAUCAAGGACCAAAGUCGAAUCGUUAUUAUUUCGAUUCGGUCCGGAUCAAACCAUAUAUGGGUCGAUUCGGUCUGGACCAUCCCAUUAGACCGACUAAUCUUUCAUUCGAAUAAAAUCACUCUGUGGUGUCAUUUAUUCGCAUCUUCUCCAUAUCUAAAACAUUAAACAAGAAAAGAGAACACAAUAUAAAUACCUGGUUCACAGUGUGUAGGUAAAGUAAGCAGCUCUUUUGAUCGAAGCAACGCGGAUGAGAACUCUGAUUUGAGGGUAGGACUACAGGAGCGGCAGCGGUGAGUCAAAGUAAGGGAAAGUCAGUCAUAUUUAUAGGUAGUUAAGUGUCGUGUAGGGUAUUAGGAUUUUCAACUCCAAGUCAACUUGCCUUCUAAGAGCCUAGUAAAAUAGGCAAUUAAAGUAAUUACGAUUCGGUCCGGUCCUUAGCUUGAUUUUACGGUUUCGGUCUGGACCGAACCAAAACCGAAAAUGUUCCAAAUUCAGGAACCAAAAUCGAGUCGAAAGAUAAACAGUUCGAUCCGAUUUGGUGUGAGAGUCGAUUCAGUCCGAUGUGAAUCGAAUCGUUUCCCACCCCUAGCUACUGCUCUGUUUUUGUGUACCGCUGUUUUGCAGGCGCACAAGGAAGAAGGUAGCGGUGGUUUGGGAAGAACGACAGAUCCGGCUUUCCGUGGUUCUCUCGUCAGACUUCCCUGGCGGUGUGGCGGUGGAUGGAUCAUGACUCUUCUUCAAGGCGGCCGAGUGGAUAAUGAUGGCGAGAUUUGUGUACACAAAAGUGGCGGGUGAAGGGAACGUGGGUUUGCCCUUAUCCCCUGCCUGCGUCUCGGUGAUGUGAAGGCCAUAUGGCUUUGUCCUGUACCUGGGCUGAAUUUUAUGAGUUCUUUGGUCAUAUUUAACUAGCACCGGACCCGGCACGUUGGCCGGGAAAGUUUGAUUAUUAUGAACUUUAUAUGUGUUGUUAGUCGUUACCGCUUAUAAUGCAUGUGAAUAACAUAAAUAUAUAACUAAUAAUAAUAUGCAUGUUUACAAAAAAAAGCGUUCAUAUUGACCUUUGAUGUAGUUCAAUAUAUCCAUAAAAAUAUUUCCUCAGAUAUUUAUCAUUUUUGUUGAUCAUGACACGGGUUAUACUUAGAGGUACGGAUUUAUAUGAUUUAAAAGUCACUUUUUCCAUUGAUCAAUUAUACUUAGAGCAUGUUUACCAUAUUGACCUGAACACUCCAUUGAUACAACACUAACCUUGCAUAUUUUGAUAAAUAUGCGAUAGAAUUGUCACCCUUCUAUACACAAAAGUAAUAGUGCCACUCUAAAAUCUGUUACAGAAAACAAACAAAAAUGCCAAAGUGCCAAGAUUCAAACCGAGUAUUCUUAGCAUGAGUAAAGGACUUACGACAUAACAGGGAAAACCAAAGGAAUAAUAUGUGCAUUGCAGAAGUUAUACUUCAAAGUUGAAUGUUUACAUGCCCAUGGCUAACUUCACUAUGACUAACAAAAAUUUAGUUUCGCAUGUCUAACCAAAAUUUGUGGCCGGUAUGACCCAAAUAUAACAACAAAAACCCUUAAUUAUGCUAUGAAGUUACCAUGAUAUAUUCCGAUCAUUGAGUAUCUAAUUAAUAUCCUGGCGAUUAUGAUGAAAAGUGCUAUUUGUCUAAAGAUACCAUGAUUACCAAUUGAUUAAAAGGUUUUAUAUGAUUCAUCCAUACCAGAAGGAAUGAAUGCUCAAACCAAACAAUAAAACAUUGUGUAAGAGGUGAAAUUAAUGGUGUAGAAUGAAUGCUCAAACUAAACAAUAAAACAUUAUGAAGAGGUGGAAUUAAUGGUCUAUACAGAUUAUCCAAGAGUGAAUCAAGGCAGAGGCAUAAAGAUUACAUAAGAGCUUGUUAAAAAUGGGAAGGAGAUAGAGUUUAUGCAAGAACAACUAAAUAAAGCAAGGAGUUAAAAGGUAAAACACAUACAUAAGAAGUCAAAGUAUACAUGACCAAUUUGGUACAAAUAAGCUUGAUUCUUUAAAAGAAAUCACGUUUUAAGUGAUGAAAAUCAUAUAAGUAAAAAGGAUAUUCGGCUAGAAAGCAUCAUCAAGAAGAGACAUGUGGAAGGACUUCAACUUUUUCUAGACUUAAAGGUUAGGUUGACCUCCAUAACAGAGCACAACGACACCUAAAAUUCCUUAAACAAAAGCGUCAUUCGAAUAAAUAAACAUGUCUCAAGGAACUGACAGUCUGACACUGAGCCUUAUCCCUACAUUUCAUUCGGCUAGUCUCUAUGUCAAAACAGGUUGUGCUGAAACCGAAGCUCUUUAGGAACACCACACAUUAUCAAUUAAAACCAUAAAGUCGUAUGUAAACAGAAAAAAUGGCGUCUACCUAGGAAAGAAACUGAGCUCAACCAAGGCAUGAUUUGGCAUAUUAAUGAGUGUCCGUUGCAUAACAGUUUACUUACGUUAGGGUCGAUUCCAUUAAAGCAAGUGUCAUAUGCUUUCAACCACAUCCAUUUUAAUACAUGGCUAAAACGUCA